AUGAAUUUUGACUUAAUUUUCUAUAGAAGUGUUCAAAUUUUCGCUAUAAAUUUGGAUUUUGGCUCAAAAAAACCCGAUUUUUGCAGGGAACCUGCUCCGAUAUCGUAAUCCGCGCCGAAGAAAUUCAACGACUCAAAAAACGGCUCAACGAAAUUUAUGUGCAUCACACGGGCGCGAGUUAUGAGGAAAUUGAACGAACUUUGGAUCGUGAUCGAUUUUUGAGCGCUCAAGAAGCCUUGAAAUUUGGAUUGGUUGAUAAAAUUGAAACGCAUACUGGAAGUAUGCCAAGUGAUUAA